AUGAAGGCAAUAUUCAGUAAUGAAUAUGUUACAGACGAUGAGAUGGUUUCCCAGCAUAUAGACGUGCUAGGGCCGAUGCCUACGAGUUGGUUGGGACGCUGGGAGGGACGUGGAGAAUUCUUUGAUCAAGAUGGGCGUCCAAGAGAAGGGAGGUGGGUAUGGCCCGAGUUUGAACAGUCGUUCAAGGACGGUGUGCAGCACUAUCGACGAAAGCUUGAAAAGGGCGAAUUUGGAGAGGAGGAAACACAGGCUAUUCUCAAUCUCAUCCGUCGGAUGCUGGCAUUUCAGCCGCAAGAACGACCAACAAUCGAGGAGGUUCUAGACUCUGAGUGGAUGGCUAAAUGGGUGCUACCUGACUUGGAGAAGUUGCAGGAACAAUCCUUGACUUCAAGAUUUUUCUUCGAUUUCGAAAACAUGGGAGCCUCCACACAUUCUGGGACUGGGAGUGAACAAGUGGAUGAGUCGGGCCCUCCACCAUAUUCGUUGGUUGCCGACGGCGGACUCGUGGCAGAAUCGGGCAAUGUGCAAGGAGACGGCCGAAUUGAUGUCAACCUCGAAUCCAAGAUCGCGAGAACCCUCGCCAAAAUCAUCGACUUGCAGCAAGAAGACAUCCACAAUCCACCUCCUGACUAUAUCGACCCUACGAAGCAAAUAACCUCAUGUGAAUUUAAUCUCAACAUUGUCAUUCAAAUUGUGGGAAGUCGUGGAGAUGUGCAACCUUUCAUCGCGCUCGGAAAUGCAUUACAAAAGCAUGGCCAUCGUGUCCGGAUUGCCACACAUGAUGUUUUUGCAGACUUCGUACACGAGUCAGGGUUAGAGUUCUUUCCCAUUGGCGGAGAUCCUGCAGAAUUGAUGGCGUUCAUGGUCAAGAACCCCGGCUUGAUUCCACAAAUGAAGACACUCCGCGCAGGGGAGGUGCAACGAAAGCAGGCUAUGGUAGCGACAAUGCUCGAUGGGUGCUGGAGGUCCUGCAUUGAAGAUGAUCCAAUCACCAAACAGCCAUUUGUUGCAGACGCCAUAAUUGCAAAUCCUCCUAGCUUUGCACACGUUCAUUGUGCACAGGCUCUAGGCAUUCCAGUCCAUCUGAUGUUUACGAUGCCAUGGAGCAGUACCAAGGCGUUUCCACAUCCUCUCGCCAAUCUAAAUCCCUCUUCUAUGGAUCCUCAGACUGCAAAUUGGGUUUCUUAUGGGGUUGUUGAGUGGUUAACAUGGCAAGGGCUCGGAGAUGUGAUCAAUCGAUGGCGGGUCUCAAUAGACUUAGAGCCUGUCCCGGCAACGGAAGGGCCCUCCCUAAAUGAAACAUUGAAGAUACCUUACACAUAUUGUUGGUCACCUGCUCUUGUGCCAAAGCCGCAGGAUUGGCCAAGCCACAUUGGUAUGUACUCACUUUGGUUCCCUGUUACGAUGGUAAAACUAAAUGGUUUAGAUGUCUGUGGAUUUUUCUUUAGAGAACACCCAUCAUAUUCUCCACCCGCAAAGCUAAGGGAGUUCCUACAAGAUGGCCCACCUCCUGUCUAUAUUGGCUUCGGUAGUAUUGUGGUCGAGAACCCCCAAAAACUAAUAGACACCGUUGUCAUCGCGGUGGUGAGGGCAGGUGUACGUGCGAUCAUUUCAAAGGGUUGGAGUGGGCUAGUUGGAAGCCCAAACCCGAAUAUCUACUAUAUUGACGACUGUCCACAUGAGUGGCUCUUUCAACACGUCGCUGCAGUAGUCCACCACGGAGGCGCUGGAACUACUGCGUGUGGUCUCAAGAAUGGGCGACCGACUGCUAUCGUGCCUUUUUUCGGCGACCAACCUUUCUGGGGCAACAUGGUUGCUAGAGCCGGUGCUGGGCCUAAGCCUAUUCCAUUUGCAUCACUCGACUUUCAGAGACUGACGGCUGCUAUCCAAUUUUGCCUCACCUCAGAGGCAACAGAAGCUGCACGUGUGUUGGCUUUCAAAAUGCAGACUGAAUCGGGUGUAACCGCAGCCGUGGGAUCGUUCCAUCGAAAUCUUCCCGUGGAGAAAAUGAGGUGCAAUUUAAUGCCCAACCAGGUUGCGGUCUGGAGAUACAAAAAGGCCAAAGCCAACUUGGACCUAUCCAAUGCAGCCGUGCAGAUCUUGAUUGAACAUCAAAGGAUAGAUGAAAAACGUCUUCAGUUGUACGUGCCCGGACUCCAGCCAGAAUAUGAACUUGCUAACCGAUGGCUCUCAUGUUCCAUCAGUCAUCUUGUCAAUCCAAUCGUUAUUGAACAUCGCCGCUGGGAUCCCAUAACUGGAAUGUUGGCUGCAGCUACCAGAACCGGGUCAACUAUGCUCGGCUCGACCGCUGAUAUGAUUUACAACCCAUACAAGGAAUACAAACGCGGUCGUUCUCCAAACACAUCAGCGAGGGCCUUGCAAGCCCCGGCGGUCCCUGGCGACCCGCUUUCAAGGGUACCCUCGCCAACAAGAAUAUCUGCAGCCGAUGAAGCAAAUUCGCAUAAUUGUCGGACACCAUCCGUUGGCCCUGGAUCCGAAACCGGACCCGUUACAACGAGGAACGGUCUAUAUGUUGCAGGCAGCAUGCUAGGUGCAACGAUGAAAGGCUUUGGUAAAUUCACCGGAUCAUACUUCAAAGGGGUGGUAGUCGACAUUCCACAUGCCGCCGCGGAAGGAUUCCGACAGGUUCCUCGGCUGUAUGGGGAAAAGCCCAAGGACUACGGCGUGGUUCAGGAUUGGAAAUCCGGAGCUAUCGUUGGUGGCAGGAAUUUCGUGGAUGGCAUGUCUGAUGGCUUCACCGGCCUCUUUACACAACCCGUCAAUGGGGCAAAAGAGGAAGGCGCUUUAGGUGCGGUCAAGGGCUUUGCCAAGGGCACUAUCGGGCUUGCAACGAAGGUCCCCUCUGCCGGGAUCGGACUGGUGGCGUAUCCUUUCCAAGGAAUUACUAAAAGCAUUGAGGCAGCUUUUCGUUCCCAGAGUCGCAAGGCCAUUGUGAAUGCACGGCUAAAGAAUGGGUAUUAUGAAACAAGCAGGAUGCAGAUGGCAGAUGAAGAGCGGAGUGAGAUGCUGCAGUCAUUCGAUAGAUUCUUUUAG